AUGAAUCCAGCAGCUGACGGGCUCGAGCAUGAGAACGAAGAGACGAAUCCCUGGCAGGGAGGUCCGGAGCAUGCGGAACCACGCAGGGCGUUCUCGGGAAGAUCCAAAGGGAUUGCUUCUCAGGGGGGGAAAACUGGGGAGAGUCGGCGCAGGUCAGGGAGGCAGCACCCAGCAAAGCAAGAGGAUAAACCUGCCUGCCAUCAGCGAGCUCUCAAGGGACCCCAAGACAGCAACGCGGUCGCCGCCGAGAAACCCUAUAAAUGCAGCGUGUGCGGCAGGAGCUUCUCUCAGAGCUCCAACCUCCUGACUCACCAGAGGCUGCACACGGGCGAGAGACCCUAUAAAUGCACCAGCUGCGGGAAAAGCUUCAACACUAGCUCAGCCCUCAUCGUGCACCGCCGGACCCACACCGGGGAGAAAUCCUACCGCUGCCCCGACUGCGGGCGGAGCUUCAGCGAGGGCUCGGUGCUGAUCAAGCACUGGCGGACCCACACGGGUGAGAAGCCCUACAAGUGCUCCCACUGUGGGAAAGGCUUCAGCCAGAGCUCCAACCUGCACGCCCACCAGCGGGUCCACACUGGGGAGCGGCCCUACCACUGCGCCGACUGCGGGAAACACUUCAGCACCAGCUCCAACCUCAGCGCCCACCAGCGGGUCCACACCGGGGAGCGACCCUACAAAUGCCCCGAGUGCGGGCGGAGCUUCAGCCAGCAAUCCAACCUGAUCUCCCACCAGAGGACCCACCUUGAGGAGAAAUCCCACCUAUGCUCUGACUGCGGAGAAGGCUUCAGCACCAACGCCCAGCUCCUGACCCAUCGGAGGAGCCACGCGGGUGACAGGCCUUAUAAAUGUCCUGACUGCGAGAAAAGCUUCCCCAGCCGCUCCGCCCUGAUCACCCAUCAGAGGACCCACACGGGAGAGAAACCCUACGAAUGUCCCGAUUGCCAGCGGGGCUUCACCCGGCGCUCGGACCUCAAUAAGCACCGCCGGGUCCACACAGGGGAGAGACCCUUUAGGUGUGCCAGCUGUGGGAAAAGCUUCAGCCAGAGCUCCCACCUCAUUACCCAUAAGAGACUCCAUGAGGAGGCAAAGCCCUAUAAAAGCAGCGUGAGCACCACGCCGACAGUCCUCCAGGAACACGAUCCCGGUAAAGAUACCCAGAGCCGGGGAAGCGUCGGCCAGAGCUCGGCAGAGACCAGCGAUGGGGAAUCCCAUCUAGUGGGGAAGCCCCAUCAAUGCCCCGACUGCGGGGAAAGGUUCGACGCCAGCUCCAAGCUCAAUGUGCAUCGGCGAACGCACCCAGAGGAGAAGUCUCGUCCACGUGCUAACGCCGUGCAAAGGUUGAGUGGCUCCAAUCACAAUGCACGAGAGGGAGCUGAGCCAGAGGAGGAAGCUGAUCUGGGGAAAAGAUUGAAGGCGAGCCCAUCACCCCCCAAUACACAUCCCAAAACCCCGCUGGAGGAAGAGUUCUCUCCAUGCAUUAGCACUGAGCAAAGUCCCCAACCCACCAGCUCCAACGUCAGUGCACGUCAGAGAGCCCACUCAGAGGGGGAAUCCUUUCCAUGCACUGGUACGGAGCAGAGCCCAGUGCCGGCUGCCCGCCAGGCAGAGCCAAGGGGCCGCAAGGCGCGCUCUGAUCCGAGCUCGGCCCCUCCGCACCGUCCAGCGGCAAAGCCCUUCAGGUGCUCCGAAUGCGGGAAGAGCUUCAGCCAGAGCUCCAACCUGAUCAAACACCAGCGGACCCACACGGGGGAGCGCCCCUACACCUGCGCCAUCUGCAAGCGGAAUUUCAACACCAGCUCGACGCUGAUCGUACACCGCCGGACCCACACCGGGGAAAAAUCCUACCGGUGCCCCGACUGCGGGCGCAGCUUCCGGGACAGCUCGGUGCUGAUCAAACACCAGAGGAUCCACACGGGAGAGAAACCCUACAAAUGCUCCCACUGCGGGAAGGGCUUUGCCCAGAGCUCCAAUCUUCACGCCCACCAGAGGACACACACCGGGGAGCGGCCCUACCACUGCCCCGACUGCGGGCGGGGCUUCAGUCAGCGCUCCAACCUCAUCACCCACCAGAGGACCCACACGGAGGAGAAAUCCUACCUCUGUCCCAACUGCGGGGUUGGCUUCGGUUCCCGCCCGGCCCUGGCAGCCCAUCAAAGGGCCCACGCGGAGGGCAGGCCCCACCAAUGCUCCGACUGCCAGAGGAGCUUCACCCGGCGCUCGGACCUCGUUAAGCACUGGCGGACCCACACGGGAGAGAGACCCUACCUGUGCCCCCAGUGCGGGAGAAGCUUCAGCCAGAGCUCCCACCUGGUGGUCCAUCAACGAUCGCAUCUGCCGGAGAAGCCUUACAAAUGCACCGACUGUGGGAAAAGCUUCAGCACCAGUUCUCACCUCCUUGCCCACCAAGGGACCCACACGGCGUAGCCACCUGGCACUGGUGUGGUCCUAGAAAUGUCAGGCUGG